AUGGGGAAAGAUUCGAGCGAGUUCGACGACUGGACGAUGAAAACGGCUCCUGAGUUUGAAGACUGUUGCGUCUACCACGUUCCAGACCGGAUUGCCGAUGGAUCGCCGUCUGGCCACCAUGCCAAAGACAGUCUACCAAAGAACCUCGAACUAAGACAAUCGACCGCUGCUGAUAAGGGCUUUGCCGUGUUCACAUGUGACUUCAUACCUCAGUUCACCAGAUUCGGCCCGCUGUUGGGCACCCACGUGGAUGCCGACUGUCUCAAGGAAGACGACGCCGACUCUGCCGCGGUAGCCGGUUGCCGAUGGAAGGUUUUCGACGAUGACUCCGUGAAGUUCGUCAUCGACACGUCCGACGAAAGAACUAGCAACUGGAUGUGUUACGUCAGACGAGCGACGGACAGCGCCGUGCAGAACUUGGUCGCUUGCCAGGUGAAAACCGAAAUCUACUUCUACUCCUUGAAACCAUUGAAGGAAAAUACGGAACUUCGAGUUUGGUACUGCCGGGACUACGCUUCAAAAAUGGGCUUCCUUCCGUCAUGCAACUCAGUUGAAAUUAGGAAGAAAAUACGUGCCAAGUUUGAAACGUUGACAGCUUCCAAAGAAUCGAACCAUUGCCAUUCCCUCAUCGAACAGUAUUCGCCAGCACACAGCCAAAAUACGAGUCAAUCCGACGAAGGCUAUCACAGCAACGAGGUCUCAGUUACCCCUGUCAGCGGAAGGACUACGUUCAGUGACUCCGACGCCGAUUCCAGUGGAGUGCUAGACUUUAGCCUCAAAACGGCGCGAAAGACGAACGACUCGUCUGGCAAAUCCUCCGCCAUUCAUUUUUCCAAUCGUCUUGUCGAAACAACGGAGAACGACCGUGCUGUGACCAAUGACCGGGUCAAUGACCCCGGCCUUUCCACUUUCAACACAGAGAUGCUCAACUGCAACCGUCCUGGUGUUAUCAAGAUGGUACCAAAGUACAGGCUGUUGGAUGAUGACGAAACUCAAAGGGCCGGUCGAUUUCCGCAUUUGGUCAUCACCACCGACUGCCAUUCUUCUUCGUCGUCGUCGUCGUCUUCUUCUUCUUACAGCGCUUUCUCUCCUUCAGGCUACGGGCGCUACGGUCAAGCGACGAGUUUCGCCGAGCCUCCACCUCAGAUGGCGCCGCCGAAGCCAGUUUUGUGGAACCUACAAACCGUGUCCGCGCUGAGCUCCGUUCUGUGGAACCCGUCUGUCGUGUCCAAUCCGGCGUCGCCGUAUUUUUUGCCCUCCCCCGCCGUCGAAAGAGAAAGUUUCACGACGCCGGUCAUCGUGCCACAGAUGCCGAACGUCAGGCUCAACGGCGCCCUCGACGCUUCAGACGUCCCCCGUGCGACCGUCAGGCUGUCCGGGGACCCGAAGGGCAACAAGGAGAACCGCAAAACAUCUACAGAAGGCACCAUCAACCAUUCGAAAUCGGCCUAUCAGCUGAACGGCAAGACGAACAACAACAAAACCAAGUAUGAAUGCUACAGCUGCAACAAGACCUUUGGCCAGCUGUCGAACCUGAAGGUGCACAUGCGCACGCAUACGGGCGAGAGGCCGUUCCGAUGCACCGUCUGCAGCAAGGAGUUCACGCAGCUGGCACACCUCCAGAAACACAACCUCGUCCACACCGGUAAGACGAAAAAUCAAUUUCUUCACGCGACGAUCACCUCAUUGUUCUCAUUCGUAAAUUGA